UGAGCAGCCACACCGCGGCGGCCCGGCCCCGAUGCGGAGCGGCCGCCAUGCAGCCGCCGCCGCAGCCUUACGAGUUCCUGGGMGAGGAGAACGGCCCGAAAUGGCGCGGCCUCUUCGUGCCCGCCCUGCGCAAGGUGCAGCAGCAGGUUCACCCCAAUCUCUCGGCAAAGGAAGAUUGUCUCUAUUACAUUGAGGAGCUGAUCCUGCAGCUGCUGAACAAACUCUGCAUCGCCCARCCCCGGACCGUGCAGGAUGUGGAGGARCGGGUUCAGAAGACGUUUCCUCACCCCAUAGACAAAUGGGCCAUCGCUGAUGCUCAGUCGGCCAUCGAGAAACGGAAAAGAAGGAACCCCCUCCUGCUCCCUGUGGACAAAAUCCAUCCUUUGCURAAGGAGGUCCUGGGCUAUAAGGUGGAUUACCAUGUCUCUCUGUAUAUCGUGGCUGUCUUGGAAUACAUCUCAGCUGACAUUUUAAAGCUGGCUGGAAAYUAUGUUUUCAAUAUCCGACACUUUGAGAUCUCCCAGCAGGACAUUAAAGUCUCAAUGUGUGCUGAUAAGGUUUUGAUGGAUAUGUUUGAUCAGGAUGAGAUUGGCUUGGUUUCUCUGUGUGAGGAUGAACCCUCUUCCUCUGGGGAGCUCAACUACUACGACCUGGUGAGAAAUGAGAUUGCAGAAGAAAGGCAGUACCUGAGRGAGCUCAACCUGAUCAUCAAAGUAUUUCGGGAAGCUUUUCUGUCCAACAGGAGGCUCUUCACACCUCACGACAUUGAUGUGAUAUUUAGCAACAUUUCAGACAUCCACGAGCUGACAGUGAAGCUUUUGGGAUUGAUUGAGGACACUGUGGAAAUGACAGAUGAAAGCAGCCCUCACCCUCUGGCUGGCAGCUGCUUUGAGGACCUUGCAGAGGAGCAAGCCUUUGAUCCAUAUGAAACCUUGUCCCAGGAUAUUCUCUCUCCACAAUUUCAGGAGCAUUUUAAUAACUUGAUGGCCAAACCUGCCGUGGCUCUCCACUUCCAGUCCACAGCUGAGGGGUUUAAGGAAGCUGUGCAGUACGUCCUGCCCCGCCUCAUGCUGAUCCCAGUCUAUCACUGCUUGCACUACUUUGAGUUACUGCAGCAAUUGCAGGAAUGCAGCGAGGAUGAGGAGGACAGGGAGUGCCUGAAGCAGGCGAUCACCGCGCUCCUGAACCUGCAGUGCAGCAUGGAGCGCAUUUACAGCAAACACUCGCCACGGCGCCGGCCUGGGGAGCCGGUCUGUCGCUUCUACCACCGGCAGAUCAGGAGCAAACACUUGGCCAUCAAAAAAAUGAACGAAAUCCAGAAAAACAUCGACGGCUGGGAAGGCAAAGACAUCGGGCAGUGCUGCAACGAGUUCAUCAUGGAAGGGGCUCUGACGAAAAUCGGGGCCAAACAYGAGCGCCACAUCUUCCUGUUCGACGGGCUGCUGAUCAGCUGCAAACCCAACCACGGGCAGUCGCGGCUGCCCGGCUACAGCAGCGCCGAGUUCCGGCUCAAGGAGAAGAUUGUGAUGAGGAAAACGCAGGUGCUGGACAAGGAGGACACGGCAGAGUACAGGCAUGCCUUUGAGCUGGUGUCUAAGGAUGAUAACAGCGUUAUUUUUGCCGCGAAAUCGGCCGAGGAGAAGAGCAAUUGGAUGGCGGCGCUGAUUUCCCUGCAGUACCGCAGCACCCUGGAUAGGAUGUUGGAYUCAGUGCUGCUGCAGGAGGAGAAUGAGCAGCCCCUGAGGCUGCCCAGCCCCAGCGUUUAUCGCUUCGUGGUGGAGGAUUCCGAGGAAAACAUCGUUUUUGAGGAUAACUUGCAGAGCAGGAAUGGCAUUCCSAUCAUCAAAGGGGGCACGGUGGUGAAGCUCAUCGAGAGGCUGACCUACCACAUGUAUGCAGAUCCUAAUUUYGUUCGGACUUUCCUGACCACCUACCGCUCCUUCUGCAAACCCCAGGAGCUGCUGAGUUUGCUGAUAGAAAGUYUYUCUCUCCUCAGAAUAUUGAAUGUUUUCCGACACUGGGUCGAGCACCAUUUUUAUGAUUUUGAGAGGGAUCUGGAGCUGCUGGAGAGGCUGGAGACCUUCAUUUCCAGUGUCAGAGGCAAAUCCAUGAAGAAGUGGGUGGAGUCCAUCGCUAAAAUCAUCAAGAGGAAGAAAGCCCAGGCAGAUGGGGUCAGCCACAACAUCACCUUCGAGAGUCCCCCACCACCCCUGGAGUGGCACCUUUGGCGAGUGGGGCACAGUGAGACCCUGGACCUGAUGACCCUGCACCCCAUCGAGAUCGCCMGGCAGCUCACCCUGCUCGAGUCUGACCUCUACAGGGCUGUGCAGCCUUCUGAACUCGUUGGCAGUGUGUGGACUAAGGAAGAUAAAGAAAUUAACUCCCCAAAUCUCUUGAAGAUGAUUCGGCACACUACAAAUCUCACUCUCUGGUUUGAAAAGUGCAUCGUGGAAACGGAGAACUUUGAGGAGCGAGUGGCUGUGCUGAGCAGGAUCAUAGAAAUCCUGCAGGUUUUCCAAGAUCUCAAUAAUUUCAAUGGUGUUCUGGAGAUUGUCAGUGCUGUGAACUCUGUCUCGGUGUACAGGCUGGAUCACACAUUUGAGGCACUCCAGGAAAGGAAAAAAAGAGUUUUGGAUGAAGCUGUAGAAUUAAGCCAAGAUCAUUUCAAGAAGUAUUUAGCUAAGCUYAAGUCAAUCAACCCACCCUGUGUGCCUUUUUUUGGAAUAUACCUAACAAAUAUCUUGAAGACAGAAGAAGGGAAUCCUGACUUCCUUAAAAGACAAGGGAAAGAAUUAAUUAACUUCAGUAAGAGGAGAAAAGUGGCUGAAAUUACAGGAGAAAUUCAGCAGUAUCAAAACCAGCCUUACUGUUUAAGGAUUGAGCCAGAAAUCCGGAAAUUCUUUGAAAAUCUCAAUCCUAUGGGGAAGAUACCAGAAAAAGAGUUUACAGAUUAUCUGUUCAACAAGUCCUUAGAGAUUGAACCUCGGAACUGCAAGCAACCACCUCGAUUUGUAAGUUUUUUCCCUGAAAAUGCAGUGGUUCUGUUCUGGGAAUUCUUUAAUGGAUUUUUUUAUUUCUCAGGUAACAACAGCAUCUUCGCUCCCGUGAACUUGCCUCAGUCGAAGACUUUCUUCAGCUCCUGGGGGAGCUUCCCUAAACUCAGUGAUGAGCCUCAGAACCCUCCUCCACUUCCUCCAAGAAAAAAGAUGGAUCAGGAUACUUCCAAUGCUAAGGGAAAUUCSAAGCCGGAUGACGAUCCUCCAGCGAUUCCACCUCGGCAGCCGCCGCCUCCAAAGAUCCAGCCUCGUGCUCCUGCCUUCAGCACCCCCUUGGAGCAGCCCCUGCACAGCCCUCCUCCUCCACCCCCCCGGGACCCUGUACCCGACACCCCUCCCCCGGUGCCGCUGCGGCCGCCCGAGCACUUCAUCAACUGCCCCCUGAGCCUGCAGCCGCCGCCGCUGGGACGCUUCCCCCGGGAUCCCGAGUGGCUGCGGGAUGCCGGCUCCGGUCCCAGCUCUCCGGGSACCCCUCCCAGCACCCCGUCCCCGCGGGUGCUGCGCCGCUGCUGCGUCCUCAGCGCCAGCCACAACAACCUGGCCCAGCCACCCGUGCCCCCCGUGCCRCCCCGGCACAACUCCAGCCCUCAGCUACCAAAACUGCCACCAAAGACUUACAAAAGGGAGCUCUCCCACCCUCCUUUGCACAGACUGUCUUUGCUAGAAAAUGCAGAAACUCCUCAAUGACCUUAGCCAUAGUAGUCAUUGACACUGGAAUAGUAUUUGUAAAGUUCCUCUUUUUUUUUUUUAAUUUAUUUGAAAAAAAGAAAGGCAGUGUAUUUUAGUAUUUUCACAAAUUACGCUCUUAAAGUGCUGCUGAUCAAAAAAAAAAAAGGUUUAAAUUGGAAAAAAUUCAGACUACACACACUCCAGCCUGUGUGGCUGGACAGCAUUACCCUCAGGUGAGCAGCAGCAUUGCCUUGGUUCACAUCCUCAGUGCCGACAGUUCUGCCAGGACACGAAAAUAGACCUUUUGCACUGUAAACUACACUAAGUGAAUUUAAACUGACAUCAUUUAAUUGCACUGAGCCAAAAAAAAGGUGCGUCUGUGGAAUUUUUUUCAAAUUUGAGCACUAGUGGCCUUUUUUUUAAUUAAGGAAACCCAGCAAUGGGAUGAUCACACAACAAGAGGACACAGUGUCACUGGUUUGAAACCUCUGGCCACUUGCCUUGGUGUAAGGCUGGAGGUUGCUGAGUGACAGCUCCUGUUCUGGAAUAUUCUUAUGCCAUGUCUUAAUUGCCAUUGAUUUGCUGCUGAAGACAAAGGAAAAAAAGUAGGUUGAAAUCUAAAUACCAAAAUACUUGGUUGGCCUUAGUUCUUUGGAGAAAGGAUGAAGGAGGAGUACCCGUCUCGGCUGUYGGGGAGGCUCCAGUACUUCCCGUGCAUCCUGUUCAGAUGUGCCUUUUUUUGUUUUGGUAGGYGAAGGUGUCUUAAGCUAAAGAGUUUGUCUGCUGUUGUGGAGAACAAAGCUAUGCGCCUGUACAAUUGUUUAUAUUGUAUAUUUACAGAUAUGCUAAUCACAUGUAUAAAUUGAAGUUGACUUUGAGGCCUAUAACACAGUCUGCUACUCCCGGGAUUGGAUCCGGCCGGCAGCGUCUCCUCUGGCUCGGGAACAGUCUCGCCUUCCAGACCUAAUAACCUCCUUUAGAUCUACACUUACUCGUGAAUCCACUUUGGAAAUUGGUAGCAUUUAAACCAGCAAACACUUAAAGCUUUAUUAAACUUUUUAAACUGAUCAGCGAAUGGAACUUUUCUUUGCAGGUCGAACCCCGUGUUCGAGCCGGUGCGAGAGUGAGUCUGUUUUACCGGUAGUUCUGUAGCAGCAUUUAUCAAGUGGCCUUCAGAAGCCACAUUUUAUUUACUGGUUUGUGGCCUUUUACUGUGCUUUGUAUCAGAGUUCUUAACAAGAUUAAUAAAUCACCCCAGUCUUAAUUUUUAAGAGUUUGAGCAGUGCGUGUUCCUUGCAAGGACAAGGUUGGGAAUUGCAUU